CCUGGUUUGCAGUUUAUAUGCGGAAAGGAUAACGCUGGUAGUAUGUCGCUAUCCACGGUUUUACCCGCGCCAUCCAAUCCCGUUUGGGAUCGGGAUGAUGAGCGCAAAAUGAAGACACCAUCGAUGGGCGCAUUAGUGAGUGCCAAGGUUGCAGCACCUCCGUACGGUCAGCGCAAGGGCUGGAUACCGCGCACGGAUGCUGACUUUGGCGAUGGAGGUUCCUUUCCGGAGAUUCACGUAGCUCAGUACCCGUUGGGUAUGGGUGCUCCCGGGAAUGCGUCCAAAAAAUCGAACGCACUUGCGGUGCAAUUGGAUCAAACUGGAAAGGUGAAGUACGAUGCAAUCGCUCGGCAAGGUCACGCAAAGGACAAGAUUGUGUACUCGAACAUAAAUCAAUUGCUUCCGGCGGAAGUGUUAGCCGAGGACUCGGAAGAACUGCAACUGCCUGACCAGGAGACGAUCAACGAAAUAACGGAAAACACACGCAAAGCAUUGGAAAAGUUGACCAACCAAAAGAUUGUAUCGGCUAUGCCAGUGAGAGCCGCCGAAAAGCAAGCACCAGCGCAGUACAUCCGCUAUACACCAUCCCAGCAGGGCGACGCAUUCAAUUCCGGUGCAAAGCAGCGUAUCAUUCGCAUGGUGGAAGCGCAAGUAGAUCCGAUGGAACCGCCCCGUUUCCGUAUCAACAAAAAGAUUCCCCGCGGACCUCCUUCACCCCCGGCACCGGUACUUCACUCCCCAACCAGAAAGGUUACAGUGAAGGAACAGAAAGAAUGGAAAGUUCCACCGUGUAUAUCCAACUGGAAGAACGCAAAGGGCUACACCAUUCCGCUCGACAAACGUUUAGCUGCCGAUGGGCGUGGAUUGCAGCAAGUGCACAUUAAUGAAAAGUUUGCAAAAAUGGCCGAAGCGCUCUACAUCGCCGAUCGUAAGGCACGCGAAGCUGUCGAAGCUCGUGCACAGCUCGAGAAGAAAUUGGCCCAAAAGGAAAAGGAAAAGAAGGAAGACAUGCUUCGCCAGAUGGCACAAAGGGCACGUGACGAACGGGCGGGCAUUCGUCAUCCGGAUGCAGCUGGCGGAGAGGGCAUUGCUGCUGCUGGUGGUGGAGGUGGUGGAUCAUCCACGACCGAUUUACGCGAGCGUGAUGAGAUCCGUGCUGAAAGACAUCGGGAGCGAGCGCGCGAUCGCAAUCUUGCUCGAGCGGCACCCGAGAAGCGUUCCAAAUUGCAACGUGAACGUGAGCGAGACAUCUCCGAACAGAUUGCGUUGGGAAUGCCAGCCAAAACGAAUCUGGCAGGUGAAUCACAGUUCGAUCAGCGCCUGUUCAACACCUCCAAAGGUAUGGACUCCGGUUAUGGGGAUGAUGAAGCGUACAACGUGUACGACAAACCGUGGCGUGAAUCGGGCACCCUUGGACAGCAUUUGUAUCGGCCAAGUAAAGCAGUCGACAACGAUGCUUACGGUGCGGAUCUGGACAAGAUCGUAAACACGAACAGGUUCGUGCCGGACAAAGAGUUCAGCGGUACAGAUCGUAGCGGUCAAACCGUCCGCCAGGGCCCGGUACAGUUCGAAAAGGAGGAAGAUCCGUUCGGUUUGGAUCAGUUCUUGUCGAUGGCCAAGAAAGCACCGAAACGGAAAGAAGAUUCAGCGGCAGGGGCUAGUGGUAGCAGCAACCGGGACAAGGAUCGCAAGAAGCGUAGAGAUUAGAUGGACACCGAUUCAUCACCGAGGAUCGC